GGCCGCGGCGCAAAGCGUUCUGGGACUCGUGGUUCGCGGGGUUCGUAAGGAAAAGCUGAGCAGCGUCCAGUUCAGCUGGAUGUUUCCCCAGCCGAGCUCGGGGUCCCGCGCGCCUCAGUCCCUGCUCACCUUCACCCCGCGAGGGAUUCUGGGAGGGGACGUCGCGGGUCCGGAGUCGCUAGGCGGGUUUCCAGAGCCCGCCGCGCUGGGAGGACUUUGUUCUCCAAAAGGGAAUACUGAAGAAGGAGAGAAGGAUGGCUGUUGGGCUUUGUAAAGCCAUGUCCCAGGGUCUGGUGACCUUCAGAGAUGUGGCUCUAGAUUUUUCCCAAGAGGAAUGGGAAUGGCUGGACUCGUCUCAGAAGGAUUUGUACAGAGAUGUCAUGUUGGAGAACUACAGGAACUUGGUAUGGCUUGGACUCUCCAUUUCUAAGCCCAACAUGAUCUCCUUAUUGGAGCAAGGGAAGGAACCUUGGAUGGUGCAGAAAGAGAUGUCAGAUGGUCAGUAUGCUGACUGGGAGUCUUGGUAUGAAAUCAAGGAAUUAUCUCCAAAAUGGUACAUUGGUGAAGAGGAAAUAUCCCAGGGGAUGGUAAUGGAAAGACUUAGAAGUUAUGACGUUGAAUAUUCCAGUUUCAGAGAAGCCUGGAAAUAUAAGGGUGAAUUUGCACGGCAUCAACAAAAGGAGAGGCAUUUCAGGCAAGUGACAGCCCUUAAGGAAAUCUCUGCUGUGAAAAUGGACAAUAAAUAUAAUAAUUCUGAGCGAAGUGUUCUCUUGAAAUCAGUACUUUCACCACAAGAAAGAGUUCCCACAGUAGAGCAAGUACAUAAAUUUGGCAUUUAUGAUAAAAUGUUUCCCCCAAAUUCCGUCCUAAUUGAACGUAAAAGAUUACCUGCUGAGAAGGACUCUUUGAUAGAUAAUGAAUGUGAAGAAUUCAACCAGAGUACAUACCUUAGUAAAGAUAUAGGAAUUCAUCCUGGGGAGAAACCUUAUGAAAGUAGUGAUUUUUCAAAUCUCUUAAGUUUCCACUCAUUACUUACUCAGCAUCAAACAACUCAUUUUCGAAAAUUACCACGUGGAUUCAGUGAAUGUGAUGAUGCCUUUAGCUGUUACUCAUUCUUCACUCAACCUCAGAGAAUUCACACUGGAGAGAAACCGUUUGUAUGCAAUGACUGUGGAAAAGCCUUUAGUCAUGACUUCUUUCUCAGUGAACAUCAAAGAACUCACAUUGGAGAGAAACCAUAUGAAUGUAAGGAAUGUAACAAAGCUUUUAGACAGAGCGCACACCUUGCUCAACAUCAAAAAAUCCACACUGGAGAGAAACCUUUUGCAUGCAAUGAAUGUGGGAAGGCCUUUAGCCGUUAUGCCUUCCUUGUUGAACAUCAGAGAAUUCACACAGGAGAGAAACCAUAUGAAUGUAAGGAAUGUAACAAAGCCUUCAGACAGAGCGCACACCUCAAUCAGCAUCAGAGAAUUCACACUGGAGAGAAGCCCUAUGAAUGUAAUCAAUGUGGAAAAGCCUUCAGCAGACGCAUCGCCCUCACUCUGCAUCAAAGGAUUCAUACAGGAGAGAAACCCUUUAAAUGUAAUGAAUGUGGGAAGACUUUUGGCUAUCGCUCACACCUUAAUCAACAUCAGAGAAUUCAUACAGGUGAAAAGCCUUAUGAAUGCAUCAAAUGUGGGAAGUUUUUUAGGACUGACUCGCAACUUAAUCGACAUCAUAGAAUACAUACCGGAGAGAGACCUUUUGAAUGCAGUAAAUGUGGGAAAGCCUUCAGUGAUGCUUUAGUUCUAAUUCAUCAUAAAAGAAGUCAUGCAGGAGAGAAACCCUAUGAAUGUAACAAAUGUGGGAAGGCCUUCAGUUGUGGCUCAUACCUUAAUCAACAUCAAAGAAUUCAUACUGGAGAGAAACCUUAUGAAUGUAAUGAAUGUGGGAAGGCUUUCCAUCAGAUCUUGUCCCUUAGGCUACACCAGAGAAUUCACGCUGGAGACAAACCCUAUCACUGUAACGAGUGUGGGAAUAAUUUUAGCUGUGCCUCAGCCCUUAGACGACAUCAGAAAAUUCAUAAUAGAGAAACUCUCUGAUUGUAACAAGUGUAUGAAAGAAAACAUUUAGUCACCACUCAGUCCUUAUUAAAUAAAUAUCAAUGAAUUCUUUGGUUAAUGACUCUAUGAAUGUAGUAAAUAUGGAGAAGCCUUCAGUUUAUGAGCAUCCUUUAUUUGAAAUAGCCUGAAUCAUAGACAUCUGUUACUUUUGGAUCUAUUCUGUGCCCCAUUUAAAAAACUUACAUCGCCCUUAGUGCAAAUUAUUCUGAUGAAACUAUUAGGGAGAGCAGUGGAUUAGUCAUAGGCUGGCCACAGUCUGGUUAAUAAGGACUUGGCAGAUGGCCCUUUUGCACCACUAGAACACUAGGGGGGCAUUAUUACAGAUAUAAGAAAAGAUCAUUUUUUCCCCUAGAAUUGCAAGUUUCAUGGAUUUAAAGGAUUUUUAAGGUUAAAAACUCAUUGUAGCUUUUUUUUUUUUUUUUUUUUUUGGUCACUGCAUGAGGAAAGCCUUCCCAAGAUCAGUCUAACACAGAGGAAAAUGGAGAUAAGAGACAAAUCGGAUGACAUUGUUUGAUCUCCUGAGUUCAGUCAUGCCUGAAGUCUAUACCAUCUUUUACUUUUUAAUUUCUGUGGUCCAAUAAAUUUCCUUUUUUUCCCCUUAAUUUGAAUUGGAUUACUGCCUCUUGGAAUUACAGUCCUGAUUCAUAUACCCUAUGUUUGCUGUACAUUUGAAAAAGCCUUAAUUUUUUAUGGCACAAUUAUCCUGAGAAACUCUGUAAAACAAGUAUUUGGAAGUUGAUUACAGAGCAUUCAUGAAGCUGAGAGAAUUAUGUUUUACUUGUUGAUAAAAAUUAAUUUGGUAUUUGUUAGACUCAUUAUAAGGAUAAUUUUUUUUAAAUUCACCUAGUAAAACUCCUUAACAGGCUUUCCCAUAAGGAAUUAAAAUCAUUUGUGGUGGUGACUCACUAUAGGCCUUUAAAGAAAGAGUGGCAGGCCAAGAGAAUAACGGAUUUGUCACAUUAAUGAAUGGCUCCUCAUCUUAAAGGAAUUAUUUGAUUUUCUGUUUUCAGAAUGGGUUUAAGCAUAUUGUGUAAUAGAAUAUAAUAGAGUUGUAAAUGAGGUUUUCUUUUGUGGGGAGACCGUAAGCUUGGCUUAAGAAGUUUAUGGAUAAUUUCGUUGAAAUUAUAAAUAUAAAAUUGAGAUUCAGACAAAGAUAUUAACCAGCGGACAGAAAGGAUGGGACAUUUCCAACUCAUAGUAAAGGUGAAACAGUUAGAGCCUAGAAUUCUUAGGCUAUAAGUUAUUACCAUUCUUCACAGUAAUGAGGAAUAUGAGGGUAUAGGGCAGUAUAUUCCUAUUGUAAAUGAGUGGGUAUAGAGAGGUAAACUGAUGAUACAAUAAUGGGGCCACCUUAAAAAGUUAGAACUGUUAGAAUCUCGGACAUUGUCUGGAAAGCAUUUGUAAAAACAAUAGAACAAAUGAAUUAAAGAGUAAGAGAUUUGUA